AUCUCAAGCAGCUUGCAUUUCUCCACUACUUGCAGCAAUUAAUUGCUUCUGUCGUAUCGCAUAAACUCGGCGUGCACUGCGUUUCUACCUCUUGAUUUCUUGUUGAUGUCUGAUGAUACCGAAUUGUCUCGAUAGAACUUUCGUCGCAGUUCCUUUCUCUUUCUUCCCGUUUUGCUCCAUCGCCUCUAUAUUAUUUCCCUGCAAAUAUCUUCUUCUCGUCACCAGCGGUUUGCUCCUAUGUUUGUCUUGUGUAAGACCAAAAGGGAGGUUUUGUCUUUUGGGGACGCAAAAGUCCUUCCAAACCAUGUAUAUCUUGUACCUGCUAAGAGCGACCAAAAUCUUCACUCCCGUCACAUCCUAUAUAACUUCUUGAAUAAUCUACCAGACCCUCCGGUCUACAUUUACCACUAAUGCUGUACCUCUUCCACGAAAAGCU